CAGCAUAGUGUAUAAAUGACCAUAAAGCCCCAUAUAAUUAAUAGUCCCACCCCCCCUCCCUUCAGGGACUUCCUGCCCCGUGGAUCAGGAAUCGUCACCAGGCGUCCCCUGGUUCUUCAGCUCAUCAACUGUCCCACAGAAUAUGCAGAGUUCCUGCACUGCAAGGGGAAGAAGUUCACAGAUUUCGAUGAGGUUCGCCAGGAGAUCGAGGCUGAAACAGAUCGAGCGACGGGACACAACAAAGGAAUCAGUCCGGUGCCCAUAAACCUGAGAGUGUACUCCCCCAAUGUGCUCAACCUGACUCUGGUGGACCUUCCGGGGAUGACGAAGGUCCCGGUGGGUGACCAGCCUGCCGACAUCGAGCACCAGAUCAGAGAAAUGCUGAUGCAGUUUGUCACUAAGGACAACUGUCUCUUAUUGGCCGUGUCUCCUGCUAAUUCUGACCUCGCCAACUCCGAUGCUUUGAAGAUCGCCAAGGAAGUUGAUCCACAAGGUCUGAGGACGAUCGGUGUCAUCACCAAACUGGACCUAAUGGAUGAAGGAACCGACGCCAGAGACAUUCUGGAGAACAAGCUGCUGCCGCUGCGCAGGGGCUAUGUUGGGGUGGUGAACCGCAGUCAGAAGGACAUCGAUGGGAAGAAAGACAUCACAGCAGCUAUGCAGGCUGAGAGGAAGUUCUUCCUGUCCCAUCCUGCCUACCGUCACCUGGCUGACCGCAUGGGCACCGCCUACCUGCAGAAGGUCCUCAACCAGCAACUAACCAAUCACAUUCGAGAUACGUUGCCGGCGUUACGGAGCAAGCUGCAGAGCCAGCUGCUUUCCAUCGAAAAGGAGGUAGAGGAGUACAAGAACUUCAGACCGGACGACCCCAGCCGCAAGACCAAGGCCCUGCUGCAGAUGGUGCAGCAGUUCGUGGUGGACUUUGAGAAACGGAUCGAAGGUUCUGGAGAUCAAGUGGACACCUACGAGCUGUCGGGAGGAGCCAAAAUAAACCGGGUCUUCCAUGAGCGCUUUCCCUUCGAGUUGGUCAAGCUGGAGGGCGACGAGAAGACACUGCGCAAGGAGAUCAGCUACGCCAUCAAAAACAUCCACGGAAUCAGGACGGGUCUCUUCACACCAGACAUGGCUUUUGAGACCAUCGUCAAGCGCCAGAUCGCUCAGCUCAAAGAACCGUGCCAGAAGUGCGUGGACCUGGUGAUCAGUGAGCUCGUCAACACUGUCAGGCAGUGUACUAACAAGCUAGCUCAGUAUCCGAUGCUCCGAGAAGAGAUGGAACGAAUCGUCACUCAGCACAUCAGAGACAGAGAGAGCCGCACCAAAGACCAGGUGAUGCUGCUGAUUGACAUUGAGCUGGCCUAUGUCAACACUAAUCAUGAGGAUUUUAUCGGCUUUGCAAACGCGCAGCAGAAGAGCAGUCAGAUCAACAAGAAGAAGGCAGCGGGGAACCAGGAUGAGAUCAUGGUGAUCCGCAAAGGCUGGCUCACCAUCAACAACAUCGGCAUCAUGAAGGGUGGAGCGAAAGAGUACUGGUUUGUCCUGACCGCCGAGGCUCUGUCCUGGUACAAGGACGACGAGGAGAAGGAGAAGAAGUACAUGCUCCCUGUGGACAACCUGAAGCUGAAGGACAUCGAGAAGAGCUUCAUGUCCAGCAAACACAUCUUCGCCCUGUUCAGCACCGAGCACAGGAACGUCUAUAAGGACUACCGGCAGCUGGAGUUGGCCAGUGAGUCCCAGGAGGAAGUGGACAGUUGGAAGGCAUCUUUCCUACGUGCUGGAGUGUACCCUGAACGCAGCGUGGACAAAGAGAAGGUGGAGGCCGAGGAGUCCAGUUCCGAUGGGCAGAUCCACAGCAUGGACCCGCAGCUGGAAAGACAGGUGGAGAUUGUCCGGAACCUUGUGGACUCGUACCUGUCCAUCAUCCACCGCACCGUCAGAGACCUUAUCCCCAAGACCAUCAUGCACCUGAUGGUCAACAAUACCAAAGACUUCAUCCACUCAGACCUGCUGGCCCAACUCUACUCCUGUGGAGACCAGAACUCCCUGAUGGAGGAGUCCCAGGAACAGGCUAUGCGGCGGGACGAGAUGCUGCGGAUGUACUUUGCCCUGAAGGAAGGUCUGAACAUCAUUGGUGACAUCAGCACCUCCACCGUUACCGUGGCAGCGCCCCCCCCAGUGGACGACUCGUGGCUGCAGGUGACGGGGAUGCCGUCUGGACGCAGGUCCCCUAUGUCCAGUCCGACCCCCCAGCGGCGGGCCCCGCCCGGUCCGCCCAGACCCGGCGGCCGUGCAGCUCCCGGCCCUCCUGGUCGUCCGGCAGUGUCUCCUGAUCCUGGAGGACAGGCACCGUCUGUCCCCUCUCGGCCCAACAGAGCGCCCCCUCCUGGAGUACCCAGGUUAGUGUGAUUGGACCUUUGGGUUC